AUGAAGUGGGCGCGACAAAACAGAUUCCCAUGGAAUGAGUCGACGUGUGAGAGUGCUGCUAAAAGUGGUCACUUGGAAGUGCUCAAAUUUUUAAGGGUGAACGGUUGUCCAUGGAGUGAAAAGACAUGUGCCUAUGCUGCUGAGAACGGCAAUUUGGAAAUUCUGAAGUGGGCUCGUGCAAACGGUUGUCCAUGGAAUGUGUGGACAUGUCUCUAUGCUGCUGAAAAUGGACAUUUGGAAAUUCUAAAGUGGGCUCUUGCAAACGGUUGUCCACGGAAUGAAUGUAUAUGUGAUGGUGCUGUUCGACAAAGACACUUGGAAAUUUUAAAGUGGGCUCGUGCCAAUGGGUGUCCAUGGAAUGAUAGGACAUGUGCCUAUGCUGCCGCAAAUGGACAUUUGGAAAUUCUAAAGUGGGCUUGUGCAAAUGGUUGUCCACGUGUUAUCAUGCUGCUAGAAAUGGACAUUUGGAAACUCUAA